GAGUCAUCCCAGAGGGGGCGGGGCCGAGGCUUCGGGAACGGGAGGGGGGCAAGAAAAGGGAAAUCCAACUUGUGGAAUCUUGGGGGGGUCCCCGCGGCCGGCUGCUUCCCAUGGAUUGUGGAUGGUGCUGGGAACAGAGCCGCUGAAACUCGUGGCGGGGGGUGCUGGGAAUCAGCGGGGCGGGGGUGGAGGGAAGUGUCAGGCUCCGAGUGGGGUACGGCGUCCCAAAGUUAGGACUUAGAGGCCCUCCUGCCUCGGUGCCCGGGAGAAGCAGCACCAGGCGCCAUGCGGGACAGGACCCGCGAGCUGAGACAGGGGGAUGACAGUUCGGACGAUGAGGACAAGGAGCGCGUGGCGCUGGUGCUGCACCCGGGCACCGCAGGACUGGGGAACCCAGACGAUGAGUUCUUCCAGAAGGUCCGGACAAUUCGGCAGACUAUGGUCAAGCUGGAGAGUAAAGUCCAGGAGUUGGAGAAGCAGCAGAUAACCAUCCUGGCCACGCCCCUUCCCGAGGAGAGUAUGAAGCAGGACCUGCAGAAUCUGCGAGAAGAGAUCAAACAGCUGGGCAGGGAGGUUCGCACUCAGCUGAAGGCCAUAGAGCCACAGAAGGAGGAAGCUGAUGAGAACUAUAACUCAAUCAACACAAGAAUGAGAAAAACCCAACACGGGAUCCUGUCCCAGCAGUUUGUGGAGCUCAUCAACAAGUGCAACACGUUGCAGUCCGAGUACCGGGAGAAAAAUGUGGAGCGCAUUCGCAGGCAGCUGAAGAUCACCAAUGCCGGGAUGGUGUCGGACGAGGAACUGGAACAGAUGUUGGACAGCGGCCAGAGCGAGGUGUUCGUGUCUAAUAUCCUGAAGGACACACAGGUCACUCGUCAGGCCCUCAACGAGAUCUCAGCCCGGCACAGUGAGAUCCAGCAGCUCGAGCGCAGCAUCCGGGAGCUGCAUGAGAUCUUCACUUUCCUGGCUACUGAGGUGGAGAUGCAGGGGGAGACGAUUAACCGGAUUGAGAAGAACAUCCUGAGCUCAGCAGACUACGUGGAGCGUGGGCAGGAGCAUGUCAAGAUGGCCCUGGAGAACCAGAAGAAGGCACGGAAGGCACUGAGAACUCCAGGGACCCAGGGUCUGCUUUCUCACCCAUGGCUGGGGAGGGCAGGCCAGAGCCUCCAGCUAGCCCGUGCCUCGCUCUGGCCCCGUGCAGAGAGGCAGACACUUCUGGGCUUAGCAGCCUUUCAUUCGUGGGCCUCCCCACCUGGAUCACAAUGCCUAGGGCAGCGCCCGCAGUGUCCUCUUUGGCUGGGACAUGUGGUUUUGUAAGAAAUUAAAGAAAAAAGAGCUUGGA